UUGGCCAAUGGGCUUUGCUCUUGAAACAGCAAAGAUGGCGUUUGUGAAUUGUUAGGGGAAGCGAAAUGUUAGCUGGGAACUGUCACUGUGAAACGAUGUAUUAAAGGGAAGGAAGACGUCUGAUUAACGUAACAAAAUAUUUUUUAUUGCGGUGAGACUGAGAUAGACCUAAAUUAAGGGGAAUAAAAAAGGAAAUAGAAUGCCUUCCCCGAAAGCAAAAAACAACUCCGGUCGCAGUGGCAGCGUUCCUGGUGUGAGUAGCAACGGACGUUAUGAGUUCAUGUCAUUGAACAGGAGUCCCCCACCACAUUUAUUGCAACGACAAGGCUCAGAUCCGACAUCUGCUCGACUUCGUGCUUCGGAGAGCCCCACUCGGCGCCGAGGCUCCGGCUCUUCAAAUGCCUCUUCAUCGUCUGCCACCGGCGGCCAGCAACUACCAGAGGAAGACUGUAUGCGUCUGAACCCGUCGUUUGUCGGUAUCGCGUUGAGCUCCCUGCUCGCCAUUGACUUGUGGCUGUCUAAACGUUUAGGGGUGUGCGCCUGCGAAGACUCGUCAUGGGGUAGCAUACGACCUCUGAUGAAACUGGUCGAGAUCUCUGGUCACGGGAUACCUUGGCUGGCUGGCGCCUUGUACUGCUUGUACAAGAGUGACAGUGCCGCGGGGCAGGAGGUCAUGCUCAAUCUCCUGAUGGCCCUGGUCAUGGACCUGGUCCUGGUCGGCGUGGUGAAGGCGGUGGUGCGCCGGCGGCGCCCGUCCCACAACCGCAUGGACAUGUUCGCCACCUUCUCCGUGGACCGCUACUCCUUCCCCUCGGGCCACGCCACGCGGGCGGCCAUGUGCGCCCGCUUCCUGCUGGCCCACCUGGUGCUGGCCGCGCCGCUGCGCGUGCUGGUGCUGCUGUGGGCCGCGCUGGUGGGCUUCUCCCGCGUGCUGCUGGGCCGGCACAACGUCACCGACGUGGCCUUCGGCUUCGGCAUGGGCUACUGCCAGUACAACCUGGUGGAGAUGCUGUGGGUGUCGCCCGUCGGGCUGCAGCUCCUGCUGGGCCAGACAGCAUGGUGCGCCGUGUAGCAGUGAUUGGGGCUGGACCCGCAGGCUUGUCCAGCAUAAAAAGUUGCCUGGAAGAGGGACUGGAGCCAGUGUGUUUUGAAACCAGCGAUGAUAUUGGGGGAUUGUGGAAGUAU